AAUACUGUGCCAAAUCAUAUGUGAAGAAUGCCACAAAGAUGCAGAAUCAUCUGGCCAAGUGUAUCAAGUUCCCUCAGCGCUCACAACAAGCAACCUCUGACAAAAGUCCCUCUACUUCUAUUCCAGGUGAAAAUGAUGACACCUUAUUGAUAGCAACAGCUCAUGGUCCUCAUGGAAUCAGAAGUUGUUGUUUUUAACUUAAUGGAGGAAUGUAAGUCAGAAAUGCUGAUGAAUGUCUAGCUCAAGCUGUGUAUGCAGCUGGUUCACCUCUGAUACUCACAGGCUAUGUGUAUUGGAAGAGAUUUCUGAAUGUUCUUUUACUAGCAUACACCCCUCCAACUAGACAUGCUUUAUUUUCUCAUUUGCUGGAUGCAGAGUUCAAGUGAAGGUCAAGCAAAUCAUAGAGAAAUCAGACUGUAUUGCAAUCAUGUCUGAUGGGUGGUCGAAUGUUCGUGGGCAAGGAAUAAUUAACUACAUCAUCUCCAUCCCUCAACCAGUAUUCUCAAAGAUCUUUAUCUUUACCCCUCUCUAACAAUACCACUACAACGGAACAUGCUUGUCUAUAGAAAAUGACUGAAGGGGAACUGUGUGUCAUGCUAAGAUAGCAGGGCUGUGUGCGUGUUUACCUGCACAAGCGCUAACAACGCUGAUGAGAGCCUCCCUGCAGGUCUGUGACAUCAGUGGGGUCAUGCAAAAACAAAUGUCACCUUUAUUUAACCAGGUAGGCCAGUUGAGAACAAGUUCUCAUUUACAACAGCGACCUGGCCAAGAUAAAGCAAAGCAGUGUGACAAACAACAAUACAGAGUUACACAUAAACAAACUUACAGUCAAUAACAUAAUAGAAGAGAAAUCGGGUGGGUGUUGCUAUGGUGACCAGUGAACUCAGAUAAGGCAAAUAUUUACCUAGCAAAGACUUAGAUGACCUGGAGCCAAUGGGUUUGGCGACGAAUAUGUAGUGAGGGCCAGCCAACUAGAGCAUACAAGUCGCAGUGGUGGGUAGUAUAUGGGCUUUGGUGACAAAACGGAUGGCCUUGUGAUAGACUACAUACGGUUUGCUGAGUAGAGUGUUAGAGACUAUUUUGUAAAUGAUGCCAGAGAGCAGUGUGUCCAGCAAGUCUGAGCUGUCUCAGAUGUCUAUCAAUGAAAUGUAUUUAUAAAGCCAUUUUGACAUCAGCAUUUGUCACAGUAACUCUACAAAGAGGCAGGCAGCUUAUAGCUGGGAUUGUAGUUGCGUUCGCUUCCAAUUUAACUGCAAAACGAGCUUGCUAUCUACCUCAUAUUAGUUAAGAUACUUAAAAUAGGGAUCAUUUGUGACAAUAACCAGCAACUACACCGUCAAAACAAAAAAUGUCGAGUCUCCGCUCAUCACCACAGCCACAAAGUCAUGUUUAUGACUAAACCCCGCCUAUUUAUCUUAUUGAAAUAUAGUCAUAACCUUAACCACAGUGCUAAUAUUAUGCCUAACCGUACCCGUAAGACCAAAAAGCUGUUUUUAGUUUUCAUACAUUUUUACGGCCAUUUUGACUUUGUUCCUGUGGUAACUAGGGAUAUUGCUAAAACAUAAUGAACCUUCAAGGAGUUCAUGCAUGCUCAGCUGUUCAUGUAGGGUGCGUUCGUAUAUUCGCUCUGGCUAUUUAAUCCAAUUUCAGAGUAAAUUAUACAUUUACGAAUGCUCAACACCCGUAGAAUAUGGCCGGUAUCAGUAAACGUCGGCAAAAAAACACAAUUAAAUGGUUGCCAGCAGCAUAGUUACAGACACCAGCGCCCUGGAUAACAUGACAACAGCCCUAGCCUCUGCUAGGGCGAGUAAAGUAAAAUGAUCAAAGUGAAGUGUUCUCUAAUUUGUGUCUGGAAGUAGCUAGCUUUGGGUGCUUGACUGCUGUUGUGUGGUCAGAACGCUCGAAUCAACUCUACUCCUCAGCCAGAGCGUCCAGUGUACGCUCCGAGAGCGAAACGCUCUGAAUUUACGAAAGGAAAAUCUGACAACGGUCGGAAUUUACGAACGUCCUGAACGCACUCUUAAGUGCACUCCAUAUUGAAUUUACGAACACACCCGUAGCUAGCUGCUUGUGGAGUAGACAGACAGCUGACCAUGCAUCCACAAAACUGAACAUAAACUCGAAUGCAAUUCUAUAGCUAUAUGAUCGUAUAAUUUAAACGUGAUGUUUACAUGCUAAAUUACACACUGUUUCAAUUCAAUUUCACAGCACGGCGCUAGCCUAAACGUCACAUCCGGUCUCAACCGCCUGGCCUGGACUAAAAAGAAAGCAAUUCAUGUUCCUGAGACGUUAGUCAAAAUAACUUUUUAUAAAUUAUAUUAUAUUCACUGCACCAUACCGACAACUGAUAGCAGUGAUACGAAUGUUAGGAUCCUGCAAAGGUGAGGGUGACUCGCAUCUCUGUUUCUGCUGGACAGAUGAGUUUAGGGAGCGUCUGUAUAAUGUCUGAAACGUCGAGGUGCGUAGCUAGCUAGGGGUAUAGGCCUAACGUUAGCUAAUAAUGUCUUAAGUAUUACAUUUGUCUGUGUCUAAUCUUCAACAAAUUCUAUUUAUUUUACUAUUCAAUUAUCUCAUAUUUUGGUAUAUUUGAAACUGCUCAACCCCUUGUGCAGAUGUCCCAUAAAGUGAAUAUCUAGCUAAUAAUGCACUUCAUCUGAGGUCUGGACUAAUUUAUACAUUAUGAAUUGCUGAUGAUGCUAUUGCAUUUUCAAGAAUGCUAAUAGCGUAAUGAUAUUAAUAUAAAAUAAACUAAACCUAUUUUCUAUCAUCUUUUUGUGAAUUUUCAUCUGUUUUAUGACCCUUUCAGCUGCAUAACACUGAAUCCAGUGUCCCUUGCAAGCAGCAAUCUAUUGUCAAGGGUGAGAAAUGCAUACAAAGGUGAGUAGCAACCAUGCCCAACGGGUUUUGUCCUUUCUGAAUGAGCAGAGGAGUCUCAGCUCGUUCUGUGAUGCCAAACUGACUGUAGGAGGUGGUGGGAGGGUGUACAAUGCCCAUCGCAAUAUCCUGGCCUGUUUCAGUGGGCGGUUUCAGGAGUCCGAGCCAACCACCACCAUGGUUAAGGAGGUCUCCCUCCCAGAGGAGUUCCCCACUGAUGGCCUGGAACUGCUUCUAGACUUUUUCUAUACCGGGGAGUUAAACCUUGACUCUCUGAAUCUGGAGAAUGUGCGACAGGCUGCAGACAGCCUAUGUGUACCAGAUGCGCUCGCACUUUGUCAGCAGUUUGCCACAGAAGGGACAGUUUCUCCAGAAGGACUGCAGUCUGCAUGUCUUCUGAGCCAUCAUUUUCAGCCAAUCUCAGCUGUAACUUAUGUAGGAACCAAGGUCACCCUAAAAAGAGGGAGGCCCCCUAAAAAAAGAGGGAGGCCCAAAAAAUCCCAAACCCCUAGUAGCGGCACAAGUAAGAAGGAUUGUCUGGAAGCUACCGCCACCACAACUGCCAUCACAACUCGCUCUGGGAGUAGGGUGAAGGCCUCCAGAAGACCGUUUGGAGAGGGCCCCGGUGUGCGUCUCCUGUCCCAUGUGGGGACCACUAGCAGGGGGACUCCACCACUAGUUAUUAGCCUAAAGGAUAGGAGUGAUGGGGCUGAGGAGGAGGGACAACGCCUCCCUCAGCCUACAGAUACAACAGAGGUAACAGAUGUGUUCGGCAACCUUGUACCAGAUUUGAGCUACAAAGCUAAUUCUCAUCUGCAGCCUCUUGAUGAAGAAGACUAUGAUGAUGAUGAUGAUGGCAGUGGUGGUGAUUUGGUGGAGGGGGUAGCUGAGGACACUGAUGAAGAGUAUGUGCCCCAUGCCCUGCUGCCUACCUCCUCCAGCCCCAAAGGCAGACGUAAAGGACCAACCAAAGCUGUCAAUAAAGAGAACGGUGAACGGGCAGCCAAGGGGUCUACAAAGGGCUCUGUUCAGUGCCCCACCUGCAAUAAGACCUUCCUCAGCAAGUAUUACCUCAAAGUACACAACAGGUGUCAUACAGGUGAGAAGCCCUUUCCAUGCUCUAAGUGUGGAAGGAGGUACUACAGGAAGGAGAAUCUGAUGGACCACGAGGCCAGAAACUGCAACUGUGGUGAAAAAAUAAAAGUGGUACACAACUGCCUUCAAUGCCACAUGUCAUUUGACAGAUUGGGGGAUCUACGUCUGCACACGGUCUCCCAUACAGGGGAAAUGCCCAAUAAGUGUACGUCAUGCUCGGAACAGUUCAUGCAUAAAAAAGAUUUAAGAAGUCACGAAAUCAAAAUCCACGGUGCACCCAAACCACAUGCAUGCUCUCUGUGCAGCAAAGCAUACCUGUCUAAAACAGAGCUGCGUCUGCAUGAGGCGUCCAAGCAUCGCGGCGAGAAGCUCUUUGUGUGUGAGGAGUGUGACCAUCGAGCCUCCAGCCGACACGGCCUGCAGAUGCAUAUCAAAGCCAUUCACAGAAACGAGCGUCCAUUUGUGUGUGAGUACUGCAACCGUGCGUUCACCCAGAAGGCUAACCUUAACAUGCACUUGCGGGUUCACACUGGAGAGAAGCCCCAUCAGUGCCACCUCUGUGGGAAGACCUUCCGGACACAAGCCAGUCUUGACAAGCAUCACCGAACUCACACAGGAGAGCGACCUUACAGCUGUGAGUUCUGUAACCAGCGCUUCACAGAGAAGGGACCAAUGCUCCGCCAUGUUGCCAGCAAGCACCAGGAGGACCGCCCUCACUGUUGCAAGAUAUGUGGCAAGACCUUCAAGGCCGUCGAGCAGCUCCAUGUCCAUGUGCGUCGCCAUCAGGGCAUGAGGAAGUUUGAGUGCGAAAAGUGUGGCUACAAGUUUACCAGACAGGCUCACUUACGGCGUCAUGUUCAGGUCCACACCCGUACAGAGAACUACAAUCCACGGGAGAGAAAGCUACGGAACCUGAUAGUAAAGGACGUGGGGUUGCAGGAUGAGACUAGCCCCUCACAGAUACCACCCACUGAGAAGGAGACACCCGAGGGGCCAGCGCCUGUCUCUGGACCCAGUGUCCCAGUCUCUGUUCCUGUCUCUGGACCUAUACCUGGACCUGGAACUGUACUAGGAGCCAGUGACAUCCUCAGGGUGGUGAUCCAGCCCCUUACGGAGGAGGUGGUGUCCAGCCAAGGGCAGAUGGAUGUGGGCUUUAACCAGGACCAAGUGGGCUUUACCCAGGUUGGGGUGGCACAGGGACAUGGCCAGGUGGAUGUGAUGUCCAUCAGCCAGGGUUUGGGUGUGGCGGGGCAUAGCUUCAAUGUGACAGAUGUGAUGGAGCAGACUCUACUGGUCGCAGAUUACCCCAUCCCUGAGACCACGGUGGAAUUGGAGGACAUACAGGAGGAUCCUCCUGCUAAGAGCAAGGCCUGAGGACUAAGAGCAAGGCCUGAGGACAGGACAGACUGGUUAGUAUCUCACAUCACAUUCUCAUUGGAGAAGCCUAGAGCAGCUUGAGUACUGCAAGACUUCAAGAACUCCCACACUGUGGCUACUCGCUCUGCUCUGCAGUCGAAGCAUUCAUUUAAUUUCAGUCAUUAUUGUAACCAUGUUUUCUGUCUAAAUUACUGUAUAGAAAAACUGGUUCCCACUCAGCCCAGUAGAUGAUGAACCCCUCAAGACAUUCCCCUACUCUGUGGGCAUCUUAUUCAUUUUGCCCGUGCAUUGGGUCUGACAAUGUAAUAUAAGUUGGCUUAGGUUUUAUGAAGUUUGUUGUGUUUUUACACAAUUUGAUGAGAAGUCAAUAGGUCAGGUUGUGAGAAGUGAAUGUAAAUCAAUGGGAUUGUCUUGCAUCAUCAAGUCAAACGGUAAACAGAAUAAAGUGGCAGUCCUGCCUGCAGUUUUAUUGUAA